AUGGCAAAAAGGUAUCUUUUCUUCAUAAACAACUAGAGAGAAGAGAGAGAGAGAGAGAGAGAAAGACCAUAUUUGGAAGCAUAUUUGAUAAUCCUGAUGAAUCUCACAAUCAUAGUACUAGCUUUCCUUAUAAUCAUUCAAGCCCUAGAAGAGGACCAUAUCCUAGUCUAUGCUCAUGAAGGCGGAGAUGCUGGUCUCAAGACUCUAGACUAUAAAGAUAAAGAUUCAUCGACACUGCAUCCUAAAGAUUCCCACCACUUCACCAGCACUGGAGCACCGAGGAAACUAAGGUCCGGUAGAACAAUGAGAACCAUGGUGGCUAGAGCCGAGAAGGAGAAAGUGAGGGCGAUGAAUAACGAUGAUUUGAGUAUAAAGAUUUCAUCAGGUGCAUCAAAGCAUUUGAUGGUGGAGCGAAAAUUAGGGUUUCAUAAGAGAAGAGAGAAUAAGAAGACCAAUAUAUUUGGAGAUCUUGACACCAGUAAGCAUAUUGAUGAUCUCACCAACGCUAAUAGCCUACCAGAACGUGAACAAUUUUCUUCAGAUAUAGAUAUGAAGAAACUUUCUCGGUUGUUACGCAGUGAUUAUCCGAUCCAUAGUAAGCCUCGCGGAAAGCCUCCAGUCCAUAACCGAGAUCCUGACAAGAUUUAACUGACUGGAUCGGGCGACAAGAGUUUGAGUCAUAAUUAGAAGUAUGAUGAUGAAUUUUGUUAGAAAGAUAGUUAAUUAUGUUGGUUCCAGUUUUGUUGAUGUCUAUAGGGACUUAUGUCUUGUGUAAUAGAGUAAUAGUAUAGCUGUUAGCUAGCCUAGUAUUGAGGAGAGCUUCUUUUGUUGCUUGUUUUGAAAUAAAU